GGAAGGAUGAGCGCCUAUGCUGACAUCUGCGGGUCCAAGCACACGCAGGGCGGCACCGAGGGAGGGUACCAACGCUAUGGAGUUCGGUCCUACCUGCAUCAGUUCUAUGAGGACUGCACAGCUUCAAUUUGGGAGUAUGAGGAUGAUUUUCAGAUCCAGAGAUCGCCUAGCAGGUGGAGCUCUACAUUCUGGAAGGUCGGACUCAUCUCUGGGACGGCUUUUAUGCUCAUAGGUUUAACGGUUCUUGUAGUGGGUUUUGUUGUGCCACCGAAAAUCGAAGCUCUUGGGAAAGAUGAUUUUGUUGUGGUGGAUGCCCGUGCCAUUCAGUUUAAUGGGUCCCUUGAUAUAUGCAAGCUGGCAGGAGCAAUCCUGUUUUGCGUUGGAGGGUCCACUGUGGCAGCAUGUCUGCUGAUGUCUGCUUUUGCUAAAAGUUACUCCAAAGAAGAAAAGUACCUCCAGCAAAGAUUCAAAGAGAGAAUAGCUGAUAUAAAAGCCCAUGCAAACCCAGUCACAAAAGCGCCAGCACCGGGAGAAUCAAAGAUACCUGUCACUUUGUCCAAAGUUCAAAAUGUCCAACCUCUAUCUGAAACCUGACCCUUUCCUUAGGUUUUGUUUCUCACUUUAACUGGAAAAUACCAGCCGUUGUUGGCAUACGUGCUAGUCAAUUACAGCAUCCAGUGCUCUGCUAUACAAACACACAGCUGAGAGGGAAGCUACUCCAAUACAAAUUUAGGAUUGGGAAAAGGGAAAUUUUGUGAUUAGACCUGUGGCCAAUAUAUUCAGUGUAUUUGAACAUUUUAAUCUGUGUUGAACCAGUAAGUCCUUGCAACAACGAUUAGGUGUUUAGCUUAUCAGACUGCAACCCUGGAAAACAUAGGGUGCAUUUAUGACAGCUGUACCAGGAACACCCUACAUCC